GCUUCCUGCGCUAUCGGCAGUCCGCGCUGAGAUGUGUCCCGCGGCGCUGCUGUGUCUGUGUCUGUGUCUGUGCCUGGGAGGCGUGGCGGCGCGGGACGACGGGACCUGCUCGUCGCGGGAGACGUGCGGGGAGUGUCUGCGCCACGCAGCCUGCGCCUGGUGCGGCGACCCGGCGCUGGGGGAGUCGGCGGCCAGCGCGCCGGUGCGGUGUCGCGCGCGGGACUCGGCCCCCGCGGCCUGGUGCCCCGCCCACCUGGUGGACGUGGCGCCGCGCUACGGCGUGCUGCAGAACCACAGCCUCAGCGACUCCAACGAGCUGGGCCAGGUGGUUCAGCUGGCGCCGCAGAGAGUGCGCCUGCGCCUGCGCGUGGGCGAGCCGCACGAGCUGAAGCUGCGCUACAGGCACGCCAAGGACUACCCCGUGGACCUGUACUACCUGAUGGACCUGUCGGCCUCCAUGAAGGACGACAAGGAGAGCCUGUCCAGCCUGGGCGACAAACUGGCCGCCGCCAUGCAGAGCAUCACCACCAACUUCCGGCUGGGCUUCGGCAGCUUCGUGGACAAGGUGGCCAUGCCGUUCACCAGCACGGUGCCCGAGAAGUUAAUAAAUCCUUGCGCCACGUAUUGCGCGCCGCCAUUCGGCUUCCGGAACAACAUGCCGUUAACAACGGAUACGAAACGGUUUAAGACGGAGGUGAACAAGGCGGAGGUGUCGGGCAACAUCGACGCCCCGGAGGGCGGCCUGGACGCGCUCAUGCAGGCCGUGGUGUGCCGGCAGAUAGGCUGGCGCCUGCAGGCCCGCCGCAUGGUCAUCUUCUCCUCGGACGCCACGUCGCACGUCGCCGGGGACGGCCGGCUGGCGGGGAUCGUGGCGCCCAACGACGGCCUGUGUCACCUGGACGAGCACGGCGCCUACACGGCGUCCCUGGACACCGACUACCCGUCGAUACCCCAGAUCAACCAGAAGGCGCGGGAGAACAACACCAACGUCAUAUUCGCCGUGACGAAAGGCCUGGUGCCGCUGUACAGGGCCCUGGCGGAGAACAUAUACGGGGCGUCGGUGCGGGAGUUGAACAAGGACUCCAGCAACGUGGUGGACCUCGUAGUCGAGGAGUACAAGAAGCUGUCGGACAACGUGAAGCUGCUAGACGACCGCAACGAGUUCCUGGAGGUGCGCUACUUCUCCAAGUGCCUCAACUCCAGCCAGCAGGAGGAGACGUCAGAGUGCGGGGGUCUGAAACGGGGCAUCGAAGUUGCCUUCACGGUGAACAUCACGGCCACAAGCUGCCCCAGGAACGCCGGCGUGAUAGAGAAGCAGUUUCUGCACAUAAGCCCCGUCGGCAUCAACGAGAAGGUCACCGUGGAGCUGGAGAUAGUGUGCGGCUGCGACUGCAGCAAGGGAAACAUGAACGAGGCCAACUCCUCGGAGUGCAGCCGGCACGGGGACCUGGAGUGCGGGCUGUGCCGCUGCCACCGCGGCUACCUGGGGGACCGCUGCCGCUGCAAGAGCGACAGCAACUCGCCCGCCAUGGAGGAGACGGCCGGCUGCAAGGACGACCGCAACGAGACGUGCUCCGGCCACGGCACCUGCGUCUGCAACUCCUGCCAGUGCGCCGCGCGCCCCGACAAGAAGGAGAGGUACUACGGCCGGCUGUGCGAGUGCGACAACUUCUCGUGCAAGCGGCACGAGGGCCGCGUGUGCGCCGACCACGGCGAGUGCAGCUGCGGCAAGUGCACGUGCCAGCCCGGCUGGACGGGCGAGGCGUGCCAGUGCGCCGACACGGCGGAGGGCUGUCGGCGGCCCGGGGAGGCCGCCGUGUGCAGCGGCCGCGGCUCCUGCGAGUGCGGCCAGUGCGUGUGCGCGCGCACCCAAGAAGGACACCACUACUCGGGCCAGUACUGCGAGGAGUGCCCGUCUUGUCCCGGUGCGCUGUGCAAAGACUUCGAGGUUUGCGCUCAGUGCAAGCUGAAUGACACAAAGAUGCUGAAGCAAGUGGAGAUGUGCAGCAAGUGCGGCUACAUAACUGUCGUGGACAACAUACGAGCCAAAGACGAGGACGACUACGACAGCUACGACAGCAACCAGGACAAGAUCUGCCCGAUAGCCGACGCCCAAGGCUGCACGCUCUACUUCCGCUACCGGUUCAUGGACGGCGCGCACCGGAUAUGGGUGCAGAAGGAGAGAGAGUGUGGACCGAACAUACUAGGUGUAAUUUUCGGAGUGAUCGGGGCUACAGUUUUCCUGGGACUUCUGAUUAUCUUGAUAUGGAAGAUACUUACCACGAUUCAUGACAAAAGAGAAUACGCCAGAUUUGAGAAGGAACGUGAACUCUCAAAGUGGCAUAGGGAUGGGAAUCCUCUGUACCAAACUCCAACGUCAACUUUUAAUAAUCCGACAUUUAAAAAAUCAUGAAGACAUCAAUGAAGAGAUGGGUAUCAAGUGACAAUAAUACAGAAAAAAAUCUCACUAUAUCUUAUACCAAAUCUAUUGCCUGUGAUACAUUUUUUUGCAAAGAGGAUUUUGAAUACAUAUUAUUAAUAUUAAAAUAUACUAUAGAGUAACAUUUUCAAGUGUAAAUAUUGCUUUUUUAUCAACACAUGAUUUAAAGAAAUGUUAAAAAUAUCAUUGAAAAAAAAAAGAACAAGAUUGUUAUAAUUAAUCCAGUCAUUCCCCCCUUCCCCUAUUCAAAAAGUGAUUGCACGGUGUCUGACUUGUGUUCAGCCGCUGUCUAACUUGUUUUCAGCCACUGUCUAACUUAUGUUCAGCCAAUUCCUCGAGAUAAAAUUUUAAACGGCACUGACUACAGUAAAUAAAAAAGGAGAGGGGGAUAAACAUAUCUUAAAAUAUGAAAAUUGUUUCAAUUUUGUAGAUGUAUUUUUUAAUAAAAAGCUGUUAUAAAACUAUAGAGUCCUACCAUAACUAAACUUCAAGAUAAACCUUUUUUUAUUUUCAUUCUUUGCGUUCACAGUAUAAACGAUAGAUAAGUGAACUAUAAUUUAUGUAGGCGAGAGUAAUUUAUUAGAGGUGAAGAAAUGUUUUAACAUUGUAGUAACAUUACUAAAGAUAACAAAAAAGAUAUAUUUCCAAAAAUUGCAUUGUUAAAAUCUCAUAGUAAUUAACCCUCUCCAGCAUGUAACUAAUUAUAAGACGUAAUGUAUCACGAACAUCGACUUCAACUACUGUCUCAAGCUUUGUCCUUUGGUUUGUCGAGCCAUAAAAUGGAAUAAUAAAUCUGCAAACUGUGGCUAGUGUUUAAAAAGUUCAAAAUAUUUAGUUUUAUCACUAUCAAUUACUAUAUUUAAAAGAAAAAAAUGAGCAUUGUAAGUAUAAUUUUCAUAUUUUUUAGCUGAAGUUUUGUUGUUCAUUAAUAUUUUAUGUAUACUUUAUGUGCCUUAAUACUAAUUAUUAUAUAUUUUACUAUAAGAAAAUUGUGUGUUAUCAAUCAGAAUAUUGUUUAUCUUGUAAAUAAUUAGUAUCGCUAGAAAGUAUAUUUUAUAUGAAAAAGUAUUAUUAAGUAUAAAAUUUAUGGAAGAUAAUAAUUUGUUAUUUAGUGAGAUUAUGGAAAUAACUAGAUCAACUAUUAUUUCAUGACGCAUUUAAUUAUAGUGUUUUACAUUAAUUUAUUAUUUGUUUGAACGAUUGAUGAUCAGACACACCCAAUAAGGCGGCGCUCAGAUAGCGUAGAACAUUAGUUUCUCUAGCUGUUGGAAUUCAUGUGGCUGGCUCGGAAAAGACCGCCAAUGAAUGAAGGAAUAUUUCUCGAGUACGUACAGGAAUAAGGAAGCUAAACAGCUGGAAAAAUACGCUGUGAGGUAUGAGGGUAUAUACGGUGAUGUUCUUUUAUACAGUAUCAACAUUACAAAACUAUACAAAGUUAUUAUGUAGUAUUGUGUGUAAAUAUUUUAAGUAGGCAAUUAUAAUAAAUAUUUUUUUGCUAAUUGCUUUACUAAAAAUAAAAUGUACUGUCUCAA